AUGAGGGUGGCCGAUGCUCCGGCAGACCUGGAUACGGGCAGCGAAGCCAACACUCCCCAGAGCAAGACCGACGCCGUCGGCUGGGCCGUCGAGCACCAUGACGACUCGCCAUACGAAGAGGUGCGGGCUGCGGUUCGCAACACCGACGGCGGCGAGGUCGCAAACACACUGCGGGCUUGGAUCAUCGGCCUGUUCUUCGUCACCCUCGGCACCGGCCUGCACAUGUUCUUGGGCAUGAGGAGCCCCGUCAUCAGCCUGCCCGCCAUCGUCGUCCAGCUGCUCGCCUAUCCCAUCGGCUGCCUCUGGGCCAGGCUGGUCCCAACCAGAGUCUUCACCACCUUUGGCGUCCCCUGGUCCUUCAACACGGGCCCCUUCACCAUCAAGGAGCACGUCGUCAUCACCCUCAUGUCAAACGUCUCUAUCGGUGGCGCCUACAGCACCGACGCUCUCGUCGCCCUGCAGGGCAAGCCCUUUUACAACGUCAACCUCGGCUGGGGCUUCGCCGUCCUCUUCACCCUCAGCUCCCAGCUCAUCGGCAUCGCCCUCACCGGCCUGUUCCGUCGCUUCCUCGUCUGGCCCGCGGCCAUGGUCUGGCCCCGCCAGUUUGCCAGCACCUCGCUCUUCUAUGCCCUGCACGACCUCAACCGUAGCGACGGCGUCCACUCCGACGGCUGGCGCAUCAGCCGCUACCGCUGGUUCGUCGUCGUGGCCGUUGCCAUGUUCUGUUAUUCCUGGAUCCCGGCCGUCCUCUGGCGCGGUCUCUCCGUAUUUGCCUUUGUUACGUGGAUCCGACCCAAGAGCCGCGUCCUCAAUCAGCUCUUUGGCGGCUACACGGGGCUUGCCCUUCUGCCAAUUACCUUUGACUGGACCUACGUGACGGCCUACCUCAGCGACCCUCUCCUCGCUCCAACCCACUCGCACAUCAACACCCUUGUCGGCGUUUUCCUCUUCAUCAGCGUCACCACCAUUGGCAUUGUCUACAGCGGAGCCCUUUACGCCGACUACCUGCCCAUGGUCACGGCACAGACGUACGACAACACGCAGCAUUACUACAACACUAGCAGGAUCCUCGGUGCCGGCAUGACCUUCGACGAGCAAAAGUACAAGCAGUACUCGCCCCUGUUUCUGCCGCCCGCCCUCGCCCUCAACUACGGCCUGUCCUUUGCUGCCCUGACGUCGGCCAUGGUCCACAUAUGGCUCUUUCACGGCAAGGAGGUUUGGUACCGUUUCCGUGCCGCACGCGAUCAGGAGCCCGACGUGCACAUGAAGAUGAUGAAGAAGUAUCCAGAUGCCCCAGACAGGUGGUACGUCGCCCUGCUCCUCUUCUCCAUGGCCCUCGGGCUCGGGACUGCCCAGGGCUACGACUCCCAGCUUCCCUGGUGGGCCUUUCUCGCGUCCAUUCUGCUUGCGCUCAUCUUCAUCAUCCCCGUGACCAUGGUGCUCGCUGUCUCCAACAUUCUCCUGGGUCUCAACAUCCUCUCGCCCUUUCUGGCCGGGUUCUUGAUCCCUGGCCGGCCGAUUGGGGUCAUGAUGUUCAACGUCUACAGCACCGUCGUCCUUCUGCAGGCGCAGACGUACAGCGGCGAUCUCAAGCUGGCGCAUUACAUGAAGGUGCCGCCCAAAAUCACUUUUUGGUGCCAGGUCGUCGCCACCGUGUGGGCCGUCUUCGUGCAGAUUGCCGUCAUGAACUGGACGCUCGGCAACAUUGACAACGUAUGCGACAAUGCUCAGCCCGACCACUUCAGCUGCCCCAACGGCCGCGCCCUUUUCUCCUCGACCAUCGUGUGGGGCCUCAACUGGUUCUGGCUCGUGGGCGCGGGCCUGCCGGUGCUGCUCUACUUACUGGUGCGGGUGAUCAAGGUGCGCUUUUUCAGCCACUUCCAGGCGCCCGUCAUGCUGGGCGCCAUGGCGUGGCUGCCGCCGGGCACGCCGCUGAGCUACUCGACGUGGGCGCUCGUCGGGCUCGUCUUCAACGGCUGGAUACGGCGGCGGUGGAGGGGGUGGUGGAUGACGUACAACUACACGACGGCCGCGGCGCUCGACUCGGGCCUUAUCCUUGCCACCGUCAUCGUGUUCCUGGCCAUUACGUUUCCCGGCGUGACGGUUCCGCGGUGGUGGGGGAACGUGACUGUGUUUGAGACGUUGGACGCCACGUCGGCGGCGACGCUGAAAACGGUGCCUGAAGGGGGGACCUUUGGGCCUGCGAUGUGGUAA